AUGGGGGACCUCAACGAUCCUUUCAUGCGUAACCAAAACGCCGCCGUUCAGGCACGCACUAAGGCUCAGAACCGAUCCAAUGUUCUUCAGCUUAAACUGGUUCGCCUCUUAUCUCGGAUUUACCCAUACGAAUUAGCUCUUGUUUGCUUUGCUCCUCUAGCUAGAGUUGGGAUUCUAUUUAUGGGUCAAAGCCACCCGACAGGCUUAACGCCCAAUCUCUUGAAGCUCUUCGAGCCACGGCCGCCGUUGGAGUUCCAGCCACCACCGGAGAAAAGAAAAUGCCCUCCUUAUACAGGCAUGGCUCAAUUUGUGAGUCACUUUGCUGAACCUGGAGAUCCAGAGUAUGCUCCACCUAAGCCGGAAGUUGAAACACCCGCACAAAAAAGGGAGAGAAUUCAUAACUCACGGCUGGAGAAAGGGGUUGAAAAGGCUGCAGAGGAGCUAAAGAAAUAUGAUCCGAAUAAUGACCCCAAUGCUUCUGGAGAUCCAUACAAGACACUGUUUGUUGCAAGACUUAACUACGAGACCUCUGAGAGUAAGAUUAAAAGGGAGUUUGAGGCCUAUGGACCAAUUAAGCAGGUUCAUGUGGUGACAGACCAGCAAACCAAUAAACCUAAGGGCUAUGCCUUCAUCGAGUACUUGCACACCCGUGAUAUGAAAGCUGCAUAUAAACAAGGUGAUGGAAGGAAGAUUGAUGGUAGAAGAGUGUUGGUUGAUGUUGAGAGAGGUAGAACAGUCCCGAACUGGCGUCCCCGUAGGCUUGGUGGUGGACUUGGUACAAGCAGAGUUCCUGGUGAGAAGAUUGCUGGCGAGGAGGAACAACAGCAACCACCGCAAGUAAGAAUGUCCCGCUCCGAGGAGCCAAGAGCCCGUGAGGACCGUGAGAAGUCUCGUGAUAGGGGCAAAGAAAGGGAACGUGAGCAGUCUCAUGAGCGGUCUCGCGAACUGUCCCGUGAACGGUCUCGUGAUAGACCGAGAGAGAGUCAUAGAGAGGAUAAGCACCACAGGGACCGGGACCGAGGUAGAGACAAGGAUAGAGAAAGAGAGAGCAGGCGUGACCGAGGAGAUAGAGACCGCCGGGACCGAACUCGGGAUCACGAGCGGGAGCGGAGUCGGAAGAGGGAAAGGGAGUACGAGAGCGGUGAGUAUGAAGACGAUGGCGGAAGAUCCCGCGAGAGAGAGGCGGAGUAUGAGCGGGGUGGGUCGAAGCAGAGGCGAGGUGAGUCAGAGGAAGGUCAUGGCUACUACGAAGGGCGUAGACGUUCAAGCCAUUACGAGCGUGAGGAGGAGCAAGGAGGUGACCAAGACCGUUAUAAUCAGUACGGUGACCGUUAUGGCCGAAUGGAGGAAGAAGAAUACCGUUAUGAUGAUCGUGAGUACAAACGGUCAGAGCGUUCCAAGUCGCGUGACUAUUGAUUCUGAUCGCCGACGUCGUUUUCUUCCGUAGCGAUAACAAUAAAAACUCUCUCAACCUCUGUGUGUGUGUGUGUGUGAGUGAUAAUACUUGUGCGAAAUCUCGUGAUUACUUUUUGACAUUUAUUUCUACCGUAGCGAUAACAAUUCUUCUCUUAUUCACCCCGAAAAAUAAGCAAACCCAUUUAGCUUAUUAGCGUUUUGUUAUUCAUGUCAACC